UAGAGGCUGAACGACGUACGAUCGCUAGUUAUCGUCUGGUUUGUGUUACGUAGUUAAAUAAGGGAAUUUACCAUCGUUCUUUGGUCAUGGCUGUGAACGCUACCUCAAUGAUUUUGUCCAAAGUCACAAACAGCAGAGUAGGUCUGAACUUCUUGGUGAACGGUCGUAAACAUAUCCACGUUACAUCUGUAGUCACUAUGCCGGUCAAGAGUGGAGACAAACUACCAAGUGUAGAUUUGUAUGAAAACAGUCCUGCCUCUAAAGUAAAUAUUGCUGAGCUAACUGCCGGCAAAAAAGUAAUCAUUUUUGGCGUUCCUGGUGCUUUCACGCCAGGCUGCUCAAAGACUCACCUGCCAGGCUAUGUUUCUGAUUUUGACAAAUUCAAAUCCAAGGGAGUUGAUGAGAUUGUCUGUGUUUCUGUCAAUGAUCCAUUCGUGAUGGCUGCAUGGGGAAAGGAACAUAAUGCAGAUGGAAAAGUCCGUAUGCUAGCAGACACCAACGGCGCUUUCACGAAGGCCAUGGAUCUUGAAAAGGAUUUGACAGGACCUUUGGGUAGCGUGAGGUGUCAGCGUUUCUCAAUGCUUGUUGAAGAUGGUGUAGUUAAAGCCGCAAAUAUCGAGCCUGAUGGUACAGGCUUGACGUGCUCGCUAUCCAAUAGUCUAUUGUCUCAACUGUAGACAUGUGAUUUGAUUGUGACCAUAAUAGUGUUUGGUGAAAUCGUUACACACGAAUUUUAGCCAAGUAUCACGUAAAUAGUACAUCAGCCUCCAUCUGUUAUGAAAUAACAUGAUUGUUGAAAAAUAUCCACUUUGCUUGUUACUGAUACGCCAAUUAAGAAAAUAUAGUAUCCUACUGAAACCUGGACAA